UCGCCCUCAUCAUCACCCAAGAAACUACAGCGCUCGCCGCAGCUCCAGGUCUCCAAGCUCGAGGCGAUCGACCGAUCUGACAUAUUCUUAUUCAUCGCCAUGGCAUGGAGGAAGAAGAACGGCGGCGAGUCGUCUUCGCCCGGCGCCUCGCCGUGUCGCGACGACGAGCAGGAGAAGGUCCCUAGAGGGCACGUCCCGAUGGUCACCGGCUGCGGCGCGCGCGUGGUGGUGCCGGUCAGGCUGCUCCGGGACCCUCGCAUCGCUGAGCUCCUAGACAUGGCGGCGCAGCAGUACGGGUACGGCCAGCCGGGAGUGCUGCGGAUCCCGUGCGACGCCGGGCAUUUCCGCCGGAUCGUCGACGGCGCGCUGCACAGGGCCGAAUAGGCGCCCGGCGUCAUUAGAGCAUGUGUGAAACUGUGAAUACAUAUGCAGCAGCGCCACUGUAGAAGAGUAUAGUUGGAUAUACGAAGUCUGUUCUUUGAUUGAUCAGUUCUUUUGUACAUGAACGCACCAGGAACGUGACAAAUUUGUGUGAAAUUUAAAGUGCUCACUCCACCUGCACUGCACAAGAACUACUCCAAUAUAGUUAGUUUUCCAUUUCAA